AUGCCUCUCAUCAACGCCAACACACCGCCCACCACAACCACGGACACCCAUUACGUGGUCUACUUCGCUUCUGGCGAGCCUUCCUGGUGCCCAGACUGCCGUGAUGCGCUUCCCGCGCUGAACGCAGUCUUUGGAGACAAGUCCGCUCCCACGGCGCACCUGGUACGCGUGGGAUCCCGCGAGGAGUGGAGGUCGACUCCCCCCAACAAGUACCGUCUUGCGCCUUACAAUGUCACCGGCGUUCCUACUGUUGUCAAGAUCAAGUUUGGCAAGGAAGUUGGACGUCUGGGCGAUGUUGAGAGUCAGAAUGAGUCUGACCUCCGCAAGCUUGUCAAGUUAUAG